UUGUACACUGCGUUCCAGGUUUACCCCAAGAUAGAAUCGAGAUGGGCCUUGGUCAACGAUUUCCUAUCAGGCACCGAGGAUUUUCCAAUUUUUUUUCUAAGGACAGGCUUUUUACUUUAUGCAGAGUCCAGGCCGAGAAAUGUUUCAGGGCUUCUAAUAUUUUCUGGACUACAGGUCCAUGAUCCAAAUGAGGCCAAUGUCUUAGCCAAGGAUUAGUGUAUCAGUGUCUCCAGACUUUUUUAAAAUCUUCGUUACUAUCCCAGCAAGUUGGCACUGGAGACUCUCGUUACGUGAAAGAUCCUGGGAGGUAUUGACCAAUGUCCAUUUCCAAAAAAGAAAACUCCUUUCUCUUUUAAUUUUAUUUCACUAACAAAUAAAAACCUUUAAAAAUAUUUCUCUCUUUCAAAAUUUAUUUUUUCAAUUUUCUAAACUACUAUUAAGGACAUUAUUUUACUGAAUUGUCGCCAUUUUUCGUUUAAGGGCAACAAUGGCAAAAAAAACUUUUUUUCGAGAGGCGCAUUUUCGCCUCUUUUAUCUUUCCUUUCUUUUUUAUCCUAUCUCUUUAUCCCCCUUUUUUGUGCAAAUGGCAAAUGAGGCAUGUGGUGUGGUGUGCUGCCACUCAAUUGUGUGCUAAAAAAUAAAACUACUGGAGAAAGUUUUUAAGGGGAAAAGUUUUUAAAAGAACAUAAGCCUCUCCUCCUUCCUUUUCCCCCUUCAACCACCACCCUUCUCUCUUCCUGAAAAAAGCCUUUUAUCUAUUGUCUGAAUAGAAGGAAGACUGGGGCUCUUUUUAGGGCCUCGUUAUCGACCCAUUCAUUCGUCGCUUUUCAAAAAGCUGCUUUUCCUUUUUCCUCUUCCAAAAAAAGUUUUUUAAACACAACUCCCAGCGCUUCCAAAAAAAUUUUUUUGGGAGAGGGGAAAAAUACUUUUCGAUUUUAUAUAUCUCUCGACCAUUGCUUCCGCCCCCGUUGCUUCCAAAAAAGAGAAGAAAAAAGGAAAGAAGAAAAGCUGCCAAGACACUCAAAAAGGCGACUUCCACUACUUUUCUCUCCUUUUACAGCUUUUUAAAAACAUUUUUUUGUGUGAAUGAAUGUACAUUUUUUGGUAGAAAAUUUUUUAUUUGUAAAAAUGGCCGCGAAAAGAGAAAAUUAAUUUGCUGCAAAAAAUUUUUUUGAAAAAAUUUUAAUUAAAAAUUAAAAUUUUUCUACGGAGCAGUUCAGUUUCGGUCCUAUAACUCAUAAGGGAGCAGAUAAUUUUUAAUGUUCUUAGUACAGCUAAACUGGAUAGUGAAAUAAAUACACUACACGUUACAAAAAAUAAUCAAAAUUCUUGACUGUUGGUAAAAAAGUUAUGAUCGAUUAGACUAAAAAAAUUUAAAAAAAGUGAUUCUUCGGCACUUUUUUUACCUAUAAUUCGAGAAUUUUGAUUUUUUGUUAUUUUAUAGUGUAUUUAAUUUUUUAUUCAUUGGUACAAAAAACAUUUAAAAUUAUUCACCCCUUAGUAAGUUAUAGGGGUUGGAACUCAAUUAAUUGAGUUUGUCUAACAAAUUUUCAUAAAUUUUAGAGAGGAGAAAGAGUAUAAUCUCGUUUUGGCACCUUAUUUUUAUUUAAACAACUUUUAUGCUAAUAGAGCAUUAGUGUGAUAAAUAGGCAGUCUUGUUUUGUGGAUAUCUAUGGUAGGUCUUAUUUUUGUUAUAAUUAACUAUACAAAGAAGGUUAGGUCAACUGACAGUCGGGCCCCCUUAGAGCUGAGUUUUUUAUCUUAUAUGAGGUAGAGGUCAACUUUCCGCGAAAGGAUUCGAACCUACGACUCCCAAAUUUUAGGAGGUUUUGUAGUCAGCACUUUUAUCCACUUGACCAAAAUAUUUUUUUUCGCUUAACUAUUUAAUAAAAUUAAUUUUUGGCGUUGUGUCACUUUAAAAAAUUUUUUCACAAUUUCUUUCAAAAUUUUUUAAAAGUUUUUUUUAAAAGGUGGAUGGCAACUAUUUUGUUUCUCCAAAAGUACAGACUCUUAAAACCAUUACAUUUUUUAUCAUUAUUUUGCAACAUUUUUCUAUUUAAAAUUUGCCGGAAAAGAAUUAAAAUUGUUUGUUUAUUAAAUAAAACAACAAAACAAAAAAGGAUUCCUUCAUUUUGUUGUCUCAAUUUCGGAAACGCCUCUUUGAUUUUUGAGCAGGCGGUAGUCGCCGAAUGCCCUGCGAUUGCGGGUUUUUCUGCCUUUUCACAGAAAGAAGGAGGCACAUUGAAGUCCUUUGGCGUAAACGAUUAUUGGUCACAGACGACGAGCGUCGGGCAAAGCGCCGAUUCCUUACACUUAUGCGUGGAUUUGACACAGAGGAUUUGGAAAUACUUCGAAGGGCAGUCGAGUCUGUUGGGAUUGAUAUUAAACAAUGCGCCCCAGGCCCUCCAAUGGACCUUAUUGAGGAAAGGGAAAGCAGCACAAGUGAGGAUGAAGAGGAAUUGGAACCUGAGGCAGUUCCAGGGUGCUCAACGACGGUUUUGAGUACGAGGCCUAGACAUUCAAUGAGGCAAAUGGAGAGGGAUAGAAUACUUUUUCAACGUCAAAGAGUGUCCACCGUAGCAGAAAUCCAACCACAAGGAGGAAUAGGAACAUUAAUAACAACACAACAAAUAGAUAAUAAACAAUUGGGGAAUUAUCAAAGGAGAUAUUCAACAAAUACAAAUAGUAGAUAUAAUAGAAAAAUUAGCAAUUAUAGUAGUGGAAGGCGUUGUGCAAUGUUAAAUAGCCCGUUAAACGAAGAAAAUGUGAAAGAAGAAUUAAACAUUUCUUCAAAAACAAAAAAUUCCGCUAUUAAAAAUGAACAAGAACAACAAAAACAGCAAUUUAGUAGCAGAACAGUCAACGCCCCUCCACCUCCAGAUUCAAUAGCGACAGAUGCAGAAACACAAAAAUUACUUCCUUUGCCUCCAGAAACUCUUGGAGGUGUUGACAGUGGCCUUAUACCUCAGAUUGAUAAGCCAAUGUCUAUGCCUUAUCUUUGUUGUAAAAUGUGGCGUUGGAAGGAUUUGCAAGUAGAUGCUGCUUUACACAGACUUGACCCUCUCCCUUGGUGUAGAUUUGGAAGAGUAACUAUAAACAAUGCAACUGUUUCUUGUUGUAAUCCCUACCAUUAUGCUCUGUGGAUAAGACCUGAAACAAUAUCUUCAGACGAGCAAAGUAUUAGUUCAGGUGUUCUAGCAAAUGGGGGUGGUGGUGCUACUGCAAGACUGUCAAAUGAAGCAGCAGAUGCCACAAUCGGUCAUGUACGUACAGCAUUUCAACAUUCCUUAAAAUCAGAAGCAAAAAAUAUAUUAUUAAAACAACAACAACAAAAUGAUUCUUCUUCUUCUAAACCUCCCCCAGAACCUUCACAACAACAACAUCAACUAAUAUUAGAUGAAAUUCAAAUGGGAAAUCAUUUGCCUCCAGCUUUGAGCGCUAAAAGGCGAAUUUCGCAUAGUGUACAUCAUCAAGCAAUGUGUUAGUUUUUUUGUUAUUUUGUUAGAUUUUUAAAGUUUUUUCCUUAUAAAAAUGGUAAAAUAAACAACAUAGGAGCCGCGGAAUAGUCGCCAUUUUAGUCUUCCCGAGGAGGUUUUAUUUUUUAUUACGACUUUUUUGUACCAAGCAAAAGCUCUAUAUGUUCUACUGAUCAUUUUCCUAACAGA